CCACCUUUAGACCUUUUAAGUAAGAGUAAAGAAAAUAUAGAAAGUAGAAUAUUUGUUAGUAUACACUGUGAAGAGGAAAACCAAGAAGAUAGUCUUCAUAAGAAAACCCUAUUUUUUAAUACAUCACUCAGAUUAGUAAUAAAAGAAUCAUAUAUUAAGAAAACCAAAAAGGCAGAAAAGAAGUCCAAGAAUAUGACAGAAAUAAAGGCAUUGUUAAGAAAGAUUAAAUAUUUGCAUGAGGAUAUUAAUAUGAUUUUAGAGCAGGUUAAAGCAUCAAAUAUGAGGCCAAAAAUUUAUAAAAAUUAG